AUGUUGCCAUUAGGAUUGGCCAGUCCCAGCUUCGUUCCUCCUCAGCCUGCACCAUUGGGAAUGCACUAUAUCCAGGGAAGAAACGGUCCACCUCCACCAAUGAUUCAACAUCAGCAAUACAUGUCUCCACCUCGACAGAUGUAUCCUCCUGGGACCUCAAGGCCUAACGACGCCAAGAUGGCUGGGUUAGUCCCAAUGGGUAAUGACCAACAACUCGAGGCCUUCCUUUCUUCUUCGACACCUACAUUCCGUCAGCUUAACUCAGCUCAGAACAUUCCAACACUCCCAAUCGCAUCUGCACCUUCAGUGACCUUGAGACAUCAACCUCGCCCACCAAUUGGAGUAGCUCGCGGUGGUGUCCCAGUGAUGACCAAUGGCAACAAUGGAAGCGGGCCCAUGAAUCCCUCCUCUGUUUCCUCAUUCUCAAGUUCACCCUCAAAUGGAAUGGAAUUUCAACCACAACACCAACAAUUUGGGCGUGUGCCAAAUUUCCAACAACAACGCUCUCUUCCGCUCAAAAUGUCGCCCUGUCCUCUUAAUGGAAUGCAGCCGGCUCAAUGGGGCCCCGGCCUAAGCCAACCGGUCGAUUUCAUAUGUACUCCCCAACCCCCUAGCAAGCUCUCUCCUUAUCAAAAUGGAGGUGGAAUGGUCUUCGAUCCCAGUAUGAUGGAUCAAAUUGUGGGACCUGAACCACCACCCCAGCAACAAACUCAAGGUCGAAAUGUAGGACCUGCAGGUGACACAUUUUCCUUCUUUGAUCAAGCCGACGGUCUUCAAUCCACUUCCUCGAUGGAUGAUUCUGUACAAUCACAGUCACAGCAGCAGGCCUCGUCGUCCCAAAUCAGUCAACUUCUAUCUCCUUCUCCUAACCAAAGAUCUGAUCCAAACCCUCGAUCUGUCGGGACGAAACCAGUCAGCAAUAUUGAGGAUGCCUUACUCCCUGAUUUGGACCUUUUGGGAAGUACCGAUGGGGACCCAGGAGAGGGGUCAAACCAGACCCCUUCAUGUCAAAUAUUUGAUAACGAUCCAAUGAAUGGAAGAGACAGCUCAAGUAUGCUCUUUCCAAGCAGUGAUGACCUUCAAACGGUCCAGAAUAUUGUCGACGCAAUGCAGGAGAGCGAGGGCGACAGCGGGUGUUUGCAGAAACAGCAACAAUCAUUCUGUCCGGAAGCAAAUGCUCUUUUUUUACAGGAUUGA